AUUGCCAAUUCGGCCCCACAAAAAGUUAAACAGAAGACCAUCGCGAGAGUCUUCUGAAAUUCAAUAAAAUAUUUCAGAAGCUCCCGAUCUCUCCCCGCUGGCCCUCUGCCCCCCUGUCGUCUCCCUGCAUCUCCGCCCACCACCACCACCAUUCGUUGGCUCCAUCUCAGUUGCCUCCACCGUCGUCUCGAUACCACCGCCGCCGCACACAGCCGCCUGAGACACCCCUCCCGUUCCUACAGAUUGAUCCGCCCCACCCACUGGAGACGCAUUCUACCGCCACUCGACCUGCGGCGCCACAAGAAACACGUGACGGAAUAUAGGUUACACAUGAAAUUUUUUUGGCAAGUUCUCUAGUGGCCCAGUCUUCACGUCCCACUACCAUCACGAUUUUGGCUUCCACUUCCAGUCACACAUGGCCCAGUCAUAGCUGCGUUUUCCGCAAUUCCAACCCAACGUGCGCUACGCUUCCACCCACCCAGCAGUCUCACACUCUUCUCUAGUCUUACCAUCAUCCACGGUAAGUUUGGCAGUCUCCCUAACUGUUGUGAUGGGUUUUUAUGCUACCCUUUUGUUUAUUUGAUGAAUAUUAUGUAUCAAUUUGAUGAUAAUCAGGAAAAGUGUUGAUUUUAUUAAAUCAAGCUCUCAAAAUUUCUGUUUCUAAGUUAAGUUAUGGCUUAGUCUCACUUAUCAUAUAUUCUCAAGUGAAAGAUGACAGUAAAAAAUAAGGGAAAGUUUGUUGUUGCAGAUGGUAAUUAGUUGUACUCAAUAUCCGCGGUUUUUUUAGAUCAUAUUGUUAUAAUUUCAACCAAAGAUUACCAUGAUGGAGAACAGUUUAAUGUAAAUCCUCUUCGGUAUCUUCUUCUAGGGAUUUCAUUAUGUAAUAUCAAUUUGUUGUAGCCAAAUGUCCUAUUCUCUGCUCUGGAUGAUGAACGUCCAUCCCCAUAUAUAGAGGAAUUCAGGUAUUAUAUUGAUUGCCUAAACAAUGUCCAACACAAAAAUGCGGGGAUAUGAUAGAGAUGAAUUGCAUGGAGAACUUGAAGAUUAUGAUGAGUAUGAGGAGGAAGGGGAAGAGCUAGAGGAAGAUCCUGGAGAAGGGCAGGAGGAGGGAUAUGAAGAGGAAGAUCCAAAGCCUACUAGAGAGGAAUUAGAGUAUCUAGAGUUGAGGCAAAAAUUGAAAGACCAAAUCAGAAAGCAGAUGAAAAAGGAUAAUGGUUCUUCAAAAAAUGGUUCAAAUGAGAUGAAGAAGAAACUUCCAUAUGAUAAUUACGGAUCCUUCUUUGGCAAUUCUCAACCAGUAAUUGCCCAAAGAGUAAUACAAGAAAGCAAGUCAUUGUUAGAAACCAACCAUUUGGCAUCCAGACUUUCAAACUCCUUCCAUGGCAACAAAAAGGACACUUCAACGUCUAAAGGGCCAAAACUUGGAUCGCAUCACCAGCUACCAAAAGUCAAAACUGAGUUAAAGACUAAAGUCCAAAAACUCAAGGAUACAAGAGAUUAUUCAUUUCUUUUAUCCGACGAUGUAGAGCUUCCUGCUUCUUCUAAAGAACCUCCACCUAGAAAUGUCUCCUUUCCAAAUCGUGGUCAUGAGGCGCGAGCUGCCCAUGUGCCAAUGAAGAAGAGUAAAGAACCUUCGGGCAGCAGUGGCAGACAUGAAGGAAGGAAAACUGUUUCUAUGAAUGGUCAGUUUAAUUCCAAAGCAGGGUCCAAGUUGACUUCUGCUAGUAAGACAGCAGAUUCAAGAAAACAACUUGGUAGCAACUUUGGAAAUGGGCCAGGCCGGCCUGUGGGGCCAAAAGGUUUGCCUUUGAAGAACCCAGUUGCUACCACGGACAAGAAGGCUGCCGUGGAGAAGAAGGUUUCUGCACCAGCUGCAAAACAUUCCUUGCCUGGCAUGCAGAGAUCAUCUUCACAAGUGCACUCAUCUGCUCCAAAGCAGCCCCUAGAACAAAAAAGGGGACAACUAGAGUCUAAUAAAUCUAAAAUGGUGCCAAAACAGCCAUUGACAUUGUCAAAACCAAAGAUAAACAAGCCACAAAAGCAAAUUUCAUCAUAUCAGACUUCCAGGGACCAUCGGCCCUUGAAAAAGCCAAGGCCUGUGAGUCGGCAUUCUGAUGAUGAUGAUGAUGGUGUAAAAGCCAUCAGUAUGAUCAGACAAAUGUUCAGGUACAAUCCCAACAGAUACGAGGAUGAUGGUGAUGAUAGUGAUAUGGAGGCAAACUAUGCCGAUAUAAUGAGGGAGGAGCAAAGAAGUGCAAAAAUUGCGAGGGAGGAGGAUGAAGAGCAACUUAGAUUGAUAGAGGAGGAAGAAGAAAGAGAGCGGUUGGCACGGUUGAGAAAGUUAAAAAAGCGUAAGCUUGGCCCAGAUUGACCAAAUUAAGGAACGUCUUUGAGGACAUUUGUGUGCUUGAUUAAGUUCCUAUUCAAUUUGUAUCACCAUUUUGUUAUAAUAUGAUCUCUUUUUGUUGAUAUAAAUACAUAUAUUUAAUUAUAUGCCAAAGUUGCUUAAUAAUAAUAAAUUCUUCAA